CAAUGAAAUGCCAGCAAGUGCAGUAAAUCACGGGUUUUGUUGUGGCUGAAGACGACGACUCAAGUGGCACAUUUACCGCCUUUUAUUUGAGUUACGAAUAAAACAACUGCGUUGUCGUCCACGAGGGGGCAGACGUUCUCUGCACCGAGACGACGUAGAAGAAGAAGAAGAAGAAGAAGCUAACCUGAUAGCAAGGCGACAAUUUCAACAGUUUGAUUCUCUCCGUUGCGCUCAUGUCAGCGGAUACGAAGAUCGCUGAGCUGCUCACUGAGCUCCAUCAGCUCAUCAAACAAACUCAGGAGGAGAGGUCACGCAGUGAACACAAUCUACUCAACAUUCAGAAGACACACGAGAGGAUGCAGACAGAAAACAAGACGUCGCCAUACUACCGCACCAAGCUGAGAGGACUGUACACCACCGCCAAGGCGGAUGCAGAGGCUGAGUGUGGCAUCCUGCGCCGCUCUCUGGAUAAAAUAGCCGAGAUCAAGUCCUUGUUGGAGGAGCGAAGGAUUGCCGCCAAGAUGGCAGGAGUGUAUAGUGACAGCGACCCCCCCAGAAAGACCAUGAGGCGUGGCGUCCUGAUGACGCUCCUCCAGCAGUCGGCCAUGACGUUGCCUCUGUGGAUCGGCAAACCAGGCGAGAGCCCCCCUCCUCUGUGCGGGGCCACGCCCGCCAGUGGCGACUACGUGGCCAAACAGGGCGACAAGGUGGCGGCCAGGGUGAAAGCGGUGGACGGAGACGAGCAGUGGAUCCUGGCAGAGGUGGUCAGCUACAGCCACGUCACCAACAAGUAUGAGGUGGACGACAUCGAUGAAGAAGGCAAAGAGCGACACACACUCAGCAGACGCCGCAUCAUCCCGCUGCCUCAGUGGAAGGCAAACCCUGAGACCGACCCCGAGGCUCUCUUCAACAAAGACCAGCUGGUGCUCGCCCUCUACCCCCAGACCACCUGCUUCUACCGUGCACUCAUACACACACGCCCGUACCGGCCGCAAGACGACUACUCGGUGCUGUUUGAGGACACGUCGUACGCGGACGGUUACUCACCGCCUCUCAACGUGGCACAACGCUAUGUGGUCGCCUGCAAGGAGAACAAGAAGAAGUGACUACGUUGGCUUGUGAUGUCCAUCGUGUGUGUG